AUGCGUCGUGAUUUUGUGCGCCAGAAUCAUGACGAUAAUACGGACCAUCAUGCCGAGCCUGAACUCGAUCAAACCUUUGUUUACUACGAGGAGUACGAUCCUUCCUAUCCGGCACCAGUGGUCUUUCGCUGGGAAGGCUGUGCGUUCGAUGACAGCAGUGAUGCCUUCAAUGAUGUGGUUGAAGCAUUCACCGCCAUGCUGAGAUUCUCGAAUAGCGUGCGGGUAAUCGAAAUCAGCCAGGCACAUGGCCUGUGCCCCGAGUGGGUACAGGUCUCGAGAGAAGAGGAAGUCAACAACUUCGGCGUUGCGGGAUUCGUGAAGAUGGUCGAUGAAUUUCCUACAGUGGUUGAUGGCUUUAUGGGAGCUUGA